AGUACAGCUGAAAGACACGGCUUGGCAUGUUACAAUGGAAGGACAACACAACCAUCCACACCACCUGGGAGACCAGAAUCUGCUUUGCAAAGUGGCGAGCCCAGAAUAUCAGCAUGACACGCAAAGACACCUCUAUCGCUGCACUUUAGCAGAUUUUCAGAUUGAGAAGAAAAUUGGGCGAGGACAAUUCAGUGAGGUCUACAGAGCGACUUGUCUUCUGGACAGAAAACCGGUGGCAUUAAAAAAAGUACAGAUAUUCGAGAUGAUGGAUGCAAAGGCCAGGCAAGAUUGCAUUAAAGAAAUAGAUCUUUUGAAGGUAAGAAUCCCCUCCAAACUUGGAAUGCUUAUUAAAACGGAGAGUUUCGUCGAAGACUCAGGGUUGAACUGUGUGUUAGAAGUUGCCUCGGAAGAUCUUUCUCAAUUGGAUGGGUAUUUUAAGAAGCAGAAACGGCUCAUCCCCGAACGGACCGUUUGGAAAUACUUUGUGCAGUUGUGCAGCGCGGUGGAACACAUGCAUUCCCGCAGGGUGAUGCACAGAGACAUCAAACCAGCCAAUGUGUUCAUCACAGCUACUGGAGUCGUGAAGUUGGGAGACCUCGGCCUGGGCCGCUUCUUCAGCUCUAAAACCACUGCUGCACAUUCCUUAGUGGGAACACCUUAUUAUAUGUCCCCGGAAAGAAUACAUGAAAAUGGCUAUAAUUUUAAAUCAGAUAUCUGGUCUUUGGGCUGUUUACUGUACGAGAUGGCAGCUCUCCAGAGCCCCUUCUACGGCGAUAAAAUGAACCUCUUCUCCCUCUGCCAGAAGAUUGAGCAGUGUGAUUACCCACCUCUGCCAACCGAACAUUACUCCGAGAAGCUGCGGGAGCUGGUCAGCAUGUGUAUCUACCCGGAUCCAGACCAGAGGCCCGAUAUCGGUUACGUGCACCAGUUAGUGAAACAGAUGCACCUCUGGACGUCCAGCACUUGAAGCGUGGUUCCUUUGAAGUCCGGCAAGGAGAACCGUUUACCCGGCUUAGUCUUACUUUUGUCUUCAGACGAAACCAAAGCGGUGCCUCACCGAACUCGGAAGUGGCUUUUGAGUGGAGUUGAGCCUUCUUUAAAAGGAAAGAAGACCCUUCCAUGAUUUGUGUACAGGUGCCCGGCAGGUGGAUCUCAUCCCAGCCCCCACACGGCUGGGCGAUAAAAUGGCGGCGCCCAGCAUGACUUGCCUCUCUUCCGAAACCGGAUUAUAACAUGUUACCGAUGUAGAUCUUGUGGCUUUUUAUUUUUUAUUUUUGGUUUUGUUUUUUUGUUUUUUUUUAAAAAAAGAUCUUUUCUUCAAACUUCGUUUGCGUGUAAUCUAAAGUUAGGCUUUGUAAGCAAGGGUUUUCUGGUUGGUGUAUUUUUUUCUUUUUCUUUUUUUUUGGACAUACCCCUCGUAUCUUUUUAACUAAUGUGAAAUAUUGGGAAGAUGAAUUCCUUUGGGGGAAAACCGCCUCAAUCUUAACGUUAAGAAUUGCAAUAGAUUUAAUUUUUUUUUCCCCAGAGGGGUGGGGAGGGAAGGGGUCGUGUGUGUAACAUGUAUAACUGCUACUUCGCUUCUUCUAGCAGUGGUUAUAUUAGCCAGUUCAGAUUUUAAGUUUGUGUAUUUUUUUUUUUUUAAACAAAGAAAGAACAUCCAACCUGCUUUUUUAAUUUCCCUUUGUAUUUCCUUCCGUUGCAAAGUGGGUAACGGAGAAGGAGGAGGGAGCUGAAUUUUCCCUUCUUCUUUUUUCCCCUCUCCUUUUCAACCAACCUCAGAAUGAUUUAUUUUGCAGUGUGGGUUGUCAACUCUGGCUGCUCAGACCAGGUGAGCUUUUCAAAACCAAAGGAACGUCGUGUUUUGUCACAUUUUUUUUUUCCCGGUUCGAGAUCGCCACGGCGACUUCCGUAGCCCGAUGAGCGAGUCCGACUCCAGGCGCUGGGUACCCUUGUGUAAAAGCCCAUCUCUAGCCCAGGGUUGAGCCCCUAAAAUUCAGGGCACCCCCCCCACACACACCAAACAGGCCUCGAAAACCAGGUAAGUCCAGAGGAAAACGGCUUUCAAUUCCCGAUCACCUGCAUUUUUACUGUGAAAACUCAUUUACCAAUGUGAAUACUUUUUAAACAAGUUGAUCUGAAGGAAAAUAAUAAUAAUAAUAAUAAUCCAGACUUAAGCAUUCCGGAGAUGCAAAGCUUAAGUUUUUUUUUAAUUAUUAUUAUUGGACGGAGGCCACUACCGGUUCCUUAAUUCGGGGAUCGCUAUCUCUUGCAACCAGGAUGUUCGGGAGAGGAAGUCACAAGUUUCUCUCUUGCUGGGCGCUUUUUAGAGGAGGAGGAGGAAGAAACAGCAAAAAAAAAAAAAAAGUUUCUUUUUUCCUGGAACGAAGAUUGAAGAGUACAGGCAGGGUUUUUGGAAAUUUAAGUCACCGGUUUGGAACGGAGGACUUUUAAGAAGGGCUGCCAAACGGCGAGGCUGGGUAGGUGGGAUAUGGGGGGGUGACCAGAGGCCCAGGAGAGAAAAAAAUUCUCGUGAAGAUCCUGCCAUCGGCUCCCAACUUGCUGAAGCUUUUUCUCUUCCCUUCUGCCAAAAACUUUCCGCCGCUCUGCAGGUGAUUUUGGGGGGUGGGUUGCCUAGUCUUGGGGGGUGGAGGGGUGUAACAACUUUGAAAAAGUUUUGGGCUGUCGGCGGGGGGGGGGGGGGGGGGGGGGGAAAAGAAAUUGCUUUGCGCCACCUGAUUGUGCGCUUUUUCUCUCUCUCUCUCCCGUUUUGAGGCCUCCUCUUCACAUUUGUUGUUGUCCUUUUGACAAAGGAAAAACCCCCAAAGAACUGCAUUUUUAGGAAAGAUUUAGAGCGAUUUACCAAAUAAAAGUUUCCUUUGU